AUGACCGACUAUCGUCUUCCUCUCCAUCAACCGCCGCCUUCCAGAAAACCUGUGCCCAACAUGCGGUCGGGGUAUGCCCCUUACCAGGCAUAUGACGGCCCUCAGCAACAACUCUCCCCCCAUCCUUCGGUCGCCUCGCUCGCCCACAGCCGCAGUCGGACCUCCUCGUCUCAGGUGCUGCCCUAUGCCGCCCAUCAACAACCCUAUGCCUCCGGUCCCUCGCCGCAACACACCAUGACCGCUCAUGUCCACUAUCCCCCUUCUCGCCGUCUUUCCAGCGCCACCACCUCCACCAGCUCCACCGGCAACGCCGGCGGCCCCAUGCCCGCGGCCGGCGACAUCCGGCGCAGCACUUCGUCCCGCUCUGCCCAGUCGCAGCUGGGCUACGUGGCGCUCAUGCGGCGGCAAAAGGCCACUGUCUGGUGCGAUCGCGCCCAGCCCGAGGACCCCCGCCUGCGCGCCCAGAAGAUGGCCGACAAGAAGCGAGCGUACCUGGAAGUCCACGGUGCAGGCACUGGCGGACGCGCCAGCACGCUGGCCAGCGGCAAGAUCAAGCACUCCAAGGGAGGCACCGAUUUCUCGCCUUCGACUCUGGUCGGCGCCACCGUCCCCGUGCGCCUCAGUGCCAACGAAAUCGGCGACGCCGAUGAGGACGCCCGCAGCGACAGCGGCUUCCCCUACCGUCGCACCGGAAGCGGUCGCAGCUCUCUGGGGAGCGGCUCGCGCUACCCCAGCGGCUACCAGCGCACGCCGCAGGGCACCAUGGGCAGCGGCAGCACGCCUCCGAACGAAAAGUCUGAUCUGCCCGAGGUGUCGGAGCAUCCGCCCGCCGAACGCGAGGCCGACGCUGCGCACCACGACGACGCCGCCCGUCGCAACAGCUUCGGCAGCGACCAGGAGGAGAGCUUCGGCAUGGUGGGCGAAAUGGCGGCCCCGAGUGCCGCCACCACCGCGGCCGAAAAGGCCAAACGGGCCGACGAAUUGCGUCGCAGUGGCAGUGUGGACGAGCGCACCACCACCAUGACUAACGUGCGGCUGUUCGUCGCCAAUCCGGAUCUCAGCGAUUAA